AUGGAAUUUUCUAUUCGGAACAUACGGCGGAGCCGGGUAAGCCAGCUAGUAAAAGAUAAAGCCAAAUUCGAGUGGGGCUCACGACAGCAGCAAGCUUUUGAUAGAUUACGCAACAAACUGAUGACCAAGCCUUGUCUAGCUUUUCCUCAAGAACGCGACUUCAUCCUACACACCGACGGCAGUCAGACUGCAGUAGGGGCCGCGCUAUUCCAGCAGUCAGCACAGGACGAGAAAUCACUGGUAGCGAUAGGCUACUAUAGUAAGGCGUUAUCACAAUCGCAACAGAAGUGGAGUCCCACGCACAUAGAACUAUUCGCCAUGGUCAGCGCCCUUCGAUUCUUUAAAGCUACGAUUUACGGCCUUCUCACCCGUAUUUUCUCCGAUCACAUCCCAGAGGCAGACAAGGCCGACUGGCUUAAAUUAGCAGAAGACUGUCAUAUACGCAAGAACGGUUGCUUAUACCAUCUAGCUAAGUCCUCACAUUGUCCGGACCGGAUUACUGAGCAGCUCUUCCAACCGGAGAAACUAUGCGAACCGGUUUUCCAGGCAAUGCACUCUAGCUCCACAGCGGGCGGACAUUUUAACUGGCGAAAAACGUUGACGAAAAUAUCACGUAAGUACUUUUGGCCACACAUGUCUGAGCAGAUUUUUGCUCUUUCUAAAACAUGUGAUCCCUGUCAGCGCAAACGCGCUCAGGCCCGCAAUCGCGAAGAGCUACUUCCUGUAGUUUCUACAACCAUCUUUGACAAAGUGUAUAUGGACUUGACUGGACCACUACAUACCUCCGAGUCUGGCAAUAACGCCGUUACCUGA